UUUCUUAUAUAAAACCCUAGAAAACUGGCGCCAAACAAAAUUUGGGGAUUUUUCGUCAGAAGUUCUUAGCUUCGCUUAAUUUCCUAUCUAUCUAUUCUCUCUCUUCAUCUGAAGCACUCAUGGGGGAUUCGCAGUCGGAUUCCAAUGUUUUCAGCUUACGGAUUGUUUCGAUCGAUUACUAUAUGGCGGCUCCGAUCCCUGGAUAUGAUGUCUGCUACAGUAUCUUCCAAGGUGGGGUGGUGAAUGAAGUCCCUGUCAUAAGGAUAUAUGGCUCCACACCUGCUGGUCAAAAGACUUGCUUGCAUAUUCAUCGAGCUUUUCCGUAUUUAUAUGUUCCAUGUUUGGACAUUCCGCUUGAUCAUCAUGGAGGAGCUGAUGCAUAUACACAUGCGGUAUCCCUUGAAUUGGAGAAAGCUCUAAAGCCUAAGGGUAAUGCUGCUUCAAAAAGGCAACAUGUACAUUGUUGUGAAAUUGUAAGCGCAAAGAAGUUUUAUGGUUAUCAUUCAUCAGAAGAGGCUUUUGUGAAGAUGUAUGUCUAUCAUCCUCAUGAUGUCGCCCGUGCUGCCAAUCUUCUUCUGGCAGGCGACCUUUUUGGCAAAAGUCUGCAGCCAUAUGAGUCUCAUAUUCCUUUUAUCCUCCAGUUUCUGGUUGACUAUAAUUUGUAUGGAAUGGGUCAUGUGCAUAUAUCAAAGAUGAAAUUCCGUAAUCCAGUUCCUCACCAUUUUUUUCCGGGAGGAUUUGAUUGUGAUAGAUUUUUGAGGCAGGAGAAGGAUGGUUUGGCUGUUGCAAAUGUUGAUUUUCAGGCAGGUUCAAGUUUUGGAGCAAGCUUCAAAACCCCUGUUUGGACCUCCUCGACAAUCCCAGGUCAUUGGAUGUGGCAUCUUUCUGGUGAAUCUGAUACACCUUUGAGCCAGAGCCAGCUUAGGCACCAUUACAGACGUCAGAGUCUCUGUGAACUUGAGGGAGAUGCUUCCGUUAGUGAUAUUAUUAAUCAACAAUUUAAAAUGUACAACUCUCUUUCACAAACUCAGUCCGAUGUCAGGAUGGUUCAGUCUCUAGUGGCAAUCUGGGAGGAAGAAUAUGAAAGGACUGGGAAGCACGAGGCAGCUAUACCUCCUGAUCCUGGCAAACCGUUUGUUGAAGAUGUGUUGAAGACUCUGUCACAUCAUGUUGGUUUUGAAAAUCAAUUAAAAGAACUGCAAGUUGAAGUUGAACAUAACUUAUCUUUAUCCCAGUCUAAUUUGAAGCCUACUGCAUCAUCUCCAGCUGACCUAGAUCCACAGGUCAAACCUGAAAGUUCUGAUUUGCAAGUUUUGCAUCAUACAGUUGAUGGAGACAGUAAGUUCUCCUUAUCUGCACAUCAUUCUCCAUCUAAAGAGAUGAAUGAAGUACUGUCCACGGAACAUGAUGCAUAUAUUAGACCACUAACCGAUCGAGACAGACCUGAAAUAACAGUAUCACCAGAAUUUAAGGCUACAGAUGCUGAAGCCUUGGGUCUCUUAAAGUGGCUUGCCUCAUCCCAGGCUGUUGAGGAGAUAAACUCCGAUGAUGAACUUCUGCGGGAAAGUAUCAUUAGUCCUUUGUUGCCAUCAGUGUCAAUUGAUAAAGUUCUUGUAAAGGCUAAUACAGAUUAUGAAAGCCAAUCCCAAAAGGAAUGCCAAGACAUCCUUGAUUCACAAGAAGAUCUACCUGACAUAGGAGAUCUGAAUGAAGGGGCUUCAUGUACUGAUCUUCAUAGUCGAAAUCCUCAAACUUUGUCAGCCAAAGAAUCUUCUGAAACAGAGGCCUCUGGUGAUGCUCCAGAAAUCUCCAUUUCAGAUGGAUCAAGUGAUAAUUCAUUCCAGAGAUACACAAAGAGUGAUUUAAAUAAGACUAAAGUGUCAGUGAAGAUGGGUAGGAGCUUCUGUAGUAGGCGCAAGCAGAGCAAAUCUAUGUGGGGACCUUUACCUUUUUCAUUGACGAGAAAUCUUGAGAAUGAGUUUGAGUCGAUUCGUUCAGACAUCAGGGAGAAAUUUCGUGUAACAACCAAAAGUUUAGAGGCUGCAACUGAGUUAAGAAAUAAGUCAAAUGUUUCAAUCAGAGAACCAAAUACAGAUGCUUCUAAUGCAAUGGAUGUAAAAGUUUUGGCUGGAUGUUCUUUGCGGGACUUGAUGAGGAAGAAACGGUUAUGCCGUGCAGAAUCACCUGAGUCAGAACAUGCCAAGUUUAUGAAGGUUUCAACGGAGACUAAAGAUUCUAAGGACCCCAAGAAAGAGGAGUGGACGCCUUCUUUGAGAUCUCAGGUCAAGAAACAAGAACCUGAUUUUUCUGCUCAAUUUGGUGAACCUUAUUAUGGUUAUGUUCCUCAGACUUUAUCUGCUGUAGAAGUUAGAAAUUCUUACUGUAAUGUCCGCGGGCAUUAUUCUUUGUCUGAGACUCAGUCUGCUAAGUUCCACUCUAUUGAUAAUAAUUCGGCUAAUGAGACGGUUGGACAAAACAUGAAUCCAGUGGCAAGCCUCUUUACAGUUGCAACAGUUCCACAUGGAGGGCUAGAUAGUUCACAUGAUCUCAGUGAGGAACAAAGAACUUCUCUAGAACCAGGAGAAAAGGUGUCAAGCAAUGAACUCAUUGGCAUAGCGAUGACAAAUACACAAAACGCUGGCGAUGAGCAUGAACAUAUGUCUGCCAUUGUAAUUGGUGAGGCAGGAAGAUUAAUAUGCGUAACCUUAAACAGGAAACCUCCUGUUUUCGACUGCACAAAUUCUAGACUGCAAGAUUCUUCACACUCUCUCGCAAUUCCUCUCCAAUUUCUUCAUGCCAAUGACAAAGAGCGUAAUGGAUCAGAGGCGGGAGACUCCAAGGAGAUCCACCCUUUUUUCUUGGAGGAAACCAAAGUAAAAUUGGAUAAGAAGAAGCACCAUGUCCAAGAAGCUUCUCUUGGUGUUCCUUCGCAUUAUCUCAAUGAUGGCUCUUGCCUUUACCUGCUAACGCCUGCCCUUUCUCCUCCUUCUGUGAAAUCUGUUUCACAAUGGAUAUCAAAUGAUGAAGGUUCCCAUCAGUGUCAUGUUGAUUCAGAAAUUAAGCCAUCAGGUGAUGACUGUGGCAUGAUUUCCACAAGUUCUGCUUCUGCAUCCAAUGUGGGGUCUAUAUGUGCGCAAGUGGAGCAACAUAAUGAUGUUAUUGCCAGCCCAGAGCCGAAUGCUUAUCCCAAGCCAAAGGCAGUUUCGAAGGGCAAGAGAAAGUCUGUCAACUUAGAUCUGCGGACUAAUGUUUCACAAGACAUGUCUCAGAUUUCAGGUCCUGAUGGGGAAUCAGGAGCCACUCCUUUAAGCCAAAUUGGAUUCCGAGACCCUGCUAGCAUUGGUGCUGGGCAACAACUUGCAAUGCUGAGUAUAGAGAUUCAUGCAGAGUCUAGAGGGGACCUGCGACCUGAUCCUCGGUUUGAUGCUGUUAAUAUCAUAGUUCUUGCAGUGCAGAAUGAUAAUGAUUCCGCUGCCGAAGUAUUUGUUCUUUUAUUUAGUCAAAGCAGCGUUUGCCAGAGAAAUAUUGAUGGCCUAUCUGGAUGCAAUGUAUCUGUCUUCCUUGAGGAGAGGCAAUUAUUUAAUCGUUUCAUUGAGAUUUUGUGUAAAGGGGACCCAGAUAUUCUCAUGGGCUGGGAUAUUCAAGGUGGUUCUCUUGGUUUUCUAGCUGAAAGAGCUGCUCGGCUUGGUAUAAGAUUGCUUGAUAAUAUAUCUAGAACACCAUCUCAGAUAACAAUGACUUCUGGAAGAACGGGUAUAGAUGAGAAGAGAAAUCUGGGUAAUAUGAUGCCUGAUCCAUUGAUAGCUGAUCUUGCUGAAAUAGAGGAAUCUGUAGUAGUGGAUGAGUGGGGCCGAACACAUGCUAGUGGCGUUCAUGUUGGUGGUAGAAUUGUUCUCAAUGUAUGGCGUCUGAUGCGUGGUGAGGUGAAACUUAACAUGUACACAAUUGAAGCUGUGGCAGAAGCUGUUUUGAGGAGAAAGAUCCCAUCAAUCCCCUAUAAAGUGUUGACAAAAUGGUUUUCAAGUGGUGCUGGAGGUGCAAGAUAUCGAUGUAUAGAAUAUGUGAUUCGCAGAGCAAAUUUGAAUCUCGAGAUAAUGAGCCAACUUGAUAUGAUAAACCGAACGUCAGAACUUGCUCGUGUGUUUGGCAUUGACUUCUUCUCAGUUCUCUCCCGAGGAUCCCAAUACCGAGUCGAAUCCAUGUUUCUGAGAUUAGCACAUACACAAAAUUAUCUUGCUAUUUCUCCAGGAAACCAACAGGUUGCUUCUCAACCGGCAAUGGAGUGUUUACCUCUUGUGAUGGAACCAGAAUCUGGCUUCUACUCUGACCCUGUUGUUGUUUUGGAUUUCCAAUCUCUCUACCCUUCAAUGAUCAUUGGGUAUAAUCUGUGCUUUUGCACAUGCCUCGGAAAAUUUUCAAACCUAAAGAUAAACACACUUGGGGUUAGCUCAUACUCUCCUGAGCCUCGUGUUUUUCAGGAUUUAAAAAAUCAGAUUCUGCUUACCCCCAAUGGCGUUAUGUAUGUACAUCCAAAGGUGCGCAAAGGUAUAUUGCCAAGGCUGCUGGAGGAAAUAUUAUCUACUAGAGUUAUGGUGAAAAACGCUAUGAAAAAGUUGACUCCUUCAGAAAAAGUUCUUCAACGGAUAUUAAACGCAAGGCAGCUUGCUUUGAAGUUGAUUUCGAACGUGACAUAUGGCUCCCCCGCCGCUGGCUUCAGUGGCCGCAUGCCUUGUGCAGAGUUGGCAGAUAGUAUUGUCCAAUGUGGCCGUAGCACACUUGAGAAGGCUAUUUCGUUUGUCAAUGCGAAUGACAAGUGGAAAGCUAGAGUUGUAUAUGGCGACACCGAUAGUAUGUUUGUCCUCCUCAAAGGACGAACAGUAAAAGAAGCAUUUGAAAUUGGACAAGAGAUUGCAUCUGCAGUAACUAAAAUGAACCCACAUCCGGUCACUUUAAAGAUGGAGAAAGUCUAUCAUCCUUGUUUCCUUCUUACCAAGAAACGCUAUGUCGGUUACAGCUAUGAAAGUCGUGACCAGACCGAGCCUCUCUUCGAUGCAAAAGGUAUCGAAACUGUUCGGAGAGACACUUGUGAAGCUGUUGCCAAAACAAUGGAACAGUCUUUGAGACUCUUCUUCGAGCAUCAGGAUAUUUCUAAGGUUAAGUCGUACUUGUAUCGCCAGUGGAAACGGAUACUAUCAGGGAGGGUGUCACUUCAAGACUUUGUUUUCGCCAAAGAAGUUCGGCUCGGGACUUACAGCUCGAGAGAUUCUUCACUACUUCCCCCUGCAGCUAUUGUGGCUACAAAGGCAAUGAGAUCAGACCCACGGGCAGAGCCACGCUAUGCUGAACGAGUCCCAUAUGUCGUGGUCCACGGGGAACCGGGAGCUCGCCUCGUUGACAUGGUGGUGGAUCCAUUGGAUCUUUUGGAUAUCGAUUCGCCCUACCGAUUAAACGACUUAUACUACAUCAAUAAACAAAUUAUCCCAGCGCUUCAAAGGGUAUUUGGGCUCGUGGGUGCAGAUUUGAACCAGUGGUUUUUGGAGAUGCCUCGUCCCACCCGAGACUCCAUCGGUCGGCGACGUCCUCUAAACGCGGGAAUUUCGCACAGGACUAGAAUCGAUUACUAUUAUCUGUCGAAGCAUUGCAUGUUGUGUGGGGAAUUGGUUCAGGCCACAGAUCAUCUAUGCAAUGGAUGCAUGCAGAAAGAAAGCGAUGCUGCUGCAACCAUUGUUUGGAGAACUUCCAAGUUGGAGAAAGAGAUGCAACACUUAGCCGCUAUGUGCAGAGAGUGUGGAGGGGGAGACUGGGUGGUGGAGAGUGGGGUGAAAUGCAAAUCACUGGCAUGCUCCGUCUUCUACGAGAGACGCAAGGUUCAGAAAGAGCUCCGUGGCCUCUCCUCCAUCGCCACCCAGAAACAGCUCUACCCCAAAUGCAUGCCCGAAUGGUUCUGAUUCUGAAAAUGGAUAAAGACUAGAAGUUGCUUCGAUUAUUUAUACUUUUUCUGAAUGUAAAUGUGUGUAUAUCUGUUGACACGCACAUACAUUAUACACGAAUGUAGGUGUACCUGUUGUAUGAUAGUCAUCUGCGUUAUGUUAGUCAUUACAUGUAUGCAUAUAUAUAUAUAUAUGGCUAAAUUGUAACA